AACCAUUCCGGCGUUGGGGGGGUGGUGCAACGUGCUCAUUUCCCCUUCCUCAGAGCCCCAGGGACCUUCGCUCCGGUGGUGGCUUUCCGACCGUCAGGGCCACCUGCUCUUCACAGGUGCGGAGGGCACCUCCGAAGAGGCCCCUAGCGGCCCCCACGCGGGGCCUGGGUCCUGGGCCGCGUUGGGAGUGGCCACUCCCGGCCCGCGUCCGAGCUGUCAGCCUCUCCCAUCCCCGCGCGGGAGGAGCCAGGACACGCCUAGCGCGGCUCCAGUGACACCUGGGCCGGCGGGUUCACCUGCCCGCGGCCGCCGGAAGUUGCGCAAACGCCGGUUACCUGAGCCCCAGGUGGGCCGAGCCGGAGGAACGCCGGUCAGCGGAGGCUGCGCGGGCACAGCCAGGCAUCCGUCCAUCACUGUGGGCCAUCCAGGUCCGUACUGGAAGCUGACGGGUGUCUGGACUCCACUGGCGCGGAGCCGUUGCGGGCGUCCAGCUGCCAGCUUGCUGCCUGGACCUCUGUCUCCUCAUUUCCCCGGUCUCCUCAGGCCGAAGUCCUCGGGGUAUGUAACAGCCAUGCCUGUGGACACGCUGAGCCCCGGAGCCCCCGCCGCCCCCGCCCUACCUUUCCGCCUGCGCACCAAGGUCCCCGGCUACCUGCUACGGAGGCCAGCGGACGGUGGAGCCCGCAAACCGAGUGCUGUGGAGCGCCUGGAGGCCGACAAGGCCAAGUACGUCAAGAGCCUGCAUGUGGCUAACACCCGCCAGGAACCUGUGCAGCCCCUGCUGUCCAAACAGCCGCUCUUUAGCCCCGGGUCUCGCCGUACAGUGCUCACGCCCAGCCGCCGAGCCCUGCCUGGCCCCGGCCGCCGGCCCCAGCUGGACCUGGACAUUCUUAGCAGCCUCAUCAACUUGUGUGAUAGCCCCGUGUCCCCUGCCGAGGCCAGCCGUACUCCUGGACGGGCAGAGGGAACUCGCCAGGCACCCCCAGCCACCCCUCCUCGCCCGCCGCCUGCUACGGCUGCGGUCCGCCGAGUGGACGUCCGCCCCUUGCCUGCCUCACCUGCCCGGCCCUGCCCGUCACCGGGCGCUGCUGCCGCCUCCAGCCCGGCCCGGCCACCGGGUUUGCAACGCUCCAAGUCAGACUUGAGCGAGCGCUUCUCCAGGGCAGCAGCCGACCUUGAGCGCUUUUUUAACUUCUGCGGCCUGGACCCAGAGGAGGCACGGGGACUGGGUGUGGCCCACCUGGCACGGGCCAGCUCGGACAUCGUGUCCCUGGCCGGGCCCAGUGCUGGGCCGGGCAGCUCGGAGGGAGGCUGCUCCCGCCGCAGCUCCGCUACUGUGGAGGAGCGGGCCCGCGAGCGCGUCCCCUACGGCGUGUCGGUGGUAGAGCGCAACGCCCGCGUCAUUAAGUGGCUGUAUGGGUUACGGCAGGCACGGGAGACCCCAGCCGCGGAGGGCUAGGCCUUCGCUGGACUUGGACUUCGCCGCAGCACAGAUCUAGGGAGGCAGUCGGCCCCGCGACCUCUCUUGCAUCCAUUCCCUGGAUCUGGGCAGACGGAGGCUGUUCCCGUUGUGAACUUGGUGUAGACGCGGAGGCUUACAGGCUGGACCAGCAUCCUCUGGCAAGGACUGACCCUGGAGAGAAUUGCUCUUGACUUUGAACCCCACCCCCACCCCCACAUACAAGGUUUUUGACAUGAGUGUACGUACCCCUGCUUGGCUCCUCUUGUGGGCUGCAUUUGGGGUGCUUCACCCUCCCUACCGAUACUGAGGGGCCAACGCAUCUCACCAAGCCUGUCUCGCCAGUGACUCUGUUUCCUCUUUCCUUCCUUAGCCUCUGUCCUUUGCUGACUUCCUCUUCCUUACCCAGUGGGUCUUGGUUCCCAGGAAUGUACCCUGGGGUGGGGGCAGGGAGGAGGGGGCUUAUCUACUGUUUUUCCUGGUCCUUGGCAGCUGGUCUAGGUAGGUAGACUACAGGAGGGACUGGUUAGGAGUCUUCACUGCUCUGACUGCCUUUCUCUUGGUUAAUAAACACGAGUGCUUGUUUCUCAA